GAGUUUGCUUUCAGAGUAAGAACCUCCGUCCAGCCCUCCUCUCUCUUCUACUCUCCCUUUUCCCUUCUUGUGUUUACACUCUGCAAGCAGCCCUCAUCGCCACCCUCCCUUCCCCGUACCCCAUCCUUCGUCCCCAAACCUGCAACUCCCAGGAAGGCGAUUGGGAUUUAGGAUUAAAUUCACCCCGAGGAGCUAUGUGGUGUGUGAGGGCCCAGGACUUCUCUCUCCGCCCCACAACCUUCUAGGGCCCACCGCGCUUCCGCCGCCGACCCUUUCUCCUGCAGUUCCCGAGACCCCCCAUCAGAUUCGCAGAAUUUUCUUCCCCCUUCUCUCUCUGUUAAAACACCCCUCCCCCUUCCUUCCUCCCCACUCCCAGUGAUCGCUGAUUUAAGCCGAGGAGGCGGCGGAGAAGAGGGGUGGACUGUGGAGGGCGGGGAGGGGGUGACGCUAUGGAAGUGGCAACCGAUCAACCCCGUUGGAUGGCCCACCACGCCGUACUGAACGGGCAGCACCCUGACUCACACCACCCGGGCUUAGCGCACAACUACAUGGAGCCGGCACAGCUGCUGCCUCCGGACGAGGUGGACGUCUUCUUCAAUCAUUUGGACUCCCAAGGCAACCCCUACUACGCGAACUCGGCGCACGCCCGGGCCCGGGUCUCCUACAGCCAGGCUCACGCGCGCCUGACCGGUGGCCAGAUGUGCCGGCCUCACCUCCUGCACAGCCCCGGGAUCCCCUGGCUGGACAGCGGCAAAGCAGCUCUGUCGGCGGCGGCAGCGCACCACCACAAUCCCUGGACGGUGAGCCCCUUCUCCAAGGCGCCCCUGCACCCAUCGGCAGCCGGGGCCCCUGGUGCCCUCUCUGUUUACCCGGGCGGCGGCAGCAGCGCUAGCAGCGGCGGCUCCGUGUCCUCGCUCACCCCGGCCUCCCACUCGGGGUCGCACCUCUUCGGCUUCCCCCCGACCCCUCCUAAGGAGGUGUCCCCGGACCCUAGCGCCACCAGCGCUGCCUCACCCGCCUCCUCGUCGGCCGGGGGGACCCGGCCCGAGGAGAAGGACGCUAUUAAGUACCAGGUGUCACUAUCGGACGGGAUGAAGAUGGAGAGUGCCAGCCCCCUGCGGACCAGUUUGGCUUCUAUGGGCACGCAGCCCUCCACCCACCACCCUAUUCCCACCUAUCCCUCCUACGUGCCGGCUGCCCACGAGUACAGCGGCAGUCUCUUCCACCCGGGUGGCUUCCUGGGCGGCCCUGCCUCCAGUUUCACCCCCAAACAACGGAGCAAAGCCCGGUCCUGCUCAGAAAGAAAUCCGGUUUCUUCGUGUUUCCAUUUAGAAGGCAGAGAGUGUGUGAACUGUGGAGCCACUGCCACCCCUCUCUGGAGAAGAGACGGCACGGGGCAUUAUCUGUGUAACGCCUGCGGGCUCUACCACAAAAUGAACGGUCAAAAUCGACCUCUCAUUAAACCAAAACGAAGACUGUCAGCGGCCAGAAGAGCAGGGACCUGUUGUGCCAAUUGCCAGACCACCACCACUACCUUAUGGAGACGCAACGCAAAUGGGGAUCCUGUUUGCAAUGCUUGUGGACUUUACUACAAAUUGCACAAUGUGAACAGGCCCCUGACAAUGAAGAAAGAAGGCAUCCAGACCAGGAAUAGGAAGAUGUCUAGCAAGUCGAAGAAGAGCAAGAAAGGGUCAGAAUGCUUUGAGGAACUGUCCAAAUGUAUGCAGGAGAAAUCCUCCCCCUUCAGUGCUGCUGCACUGGCCAGCCACAUGGCUCCCAUGGGGCACUUGCCCCCCUUUAGUCACUCGGGACACAUCCUGCCCACCCCCACUCCCAUCCACCCUUCUUCCAGCAUUUCUUUUGGACACCCACACCCAUCCAGCAUGGUGACGGCUAUGGGAUAAGACCCCAGCCAGAGACUGAAGAUCACGGGGUUCGGGGUUUGGUCCAACACGACACCAAGGAAAGAAAGGAGGAUGUUGGGGUGGGGAGGGAGAAGACAAGAUGGGAGAGUGGGGAGAGGGCACCUUGGCUCCAGAGUGGUCUGAAACUCUCAGUGCUGGACUCAGAAGCAUGUAGUGAUGGGUCUUUGAUUAAAAUUGUUUAUAGGUGCCUCAGUGCACUGGGCCCCCUUGGGUUUAAAGAAAAAAGAAGAAAUAGUCUGGUCCCUGCUGGUCCAGCAUGCAGCAAAGGCAGUGAGAAGCUGUAGAAGGCAGAUGGAUAGGGCUUUCCUUUCUCUCGUUAUUACUGUGAAUAUUGUCAAAGUGACUGAACAGUCUCACCCUGGCUCCAGACAGGUAGCUCAGGCCAGAUUUCUAUUGCGGACUAUUGCUUGGAAGAAAAGGGCAACGUUAUAAAAAAAAGUAAGCCUUAACUUCAGAGGAAAAAAAUUCAUUAUUUAUUUUGCUCUGAUAUCCCCAAAAAGAGCUACAAACUUUGCAUGAGCUUGGGCCAGUUUUAGAAAUGUUCGCUUUCGUAGGAAGCUCAGUUAAAGCAAUGCCAAACAGCUGGAUGCUCCCUUGUUCCUGUUCUUUUUAAUGUUCUGUCACAAACAUUCACGAGAGAUACAAAAGCGGAAAACCCUCAAGCUGCUUGCUGGCUGGAUGGCAGGGUUAUCUCAGCCCCAGAAUUUGCCCUGAGUCCAGCAUUCCUUCUCUUCCUCACAUGCAAUCUUUUAUGAAUCUGUAAGCACAAGGCAUUAAUUCAUUCAUUCAAGGUAACAGCAGAAACCACUGGAGAGCAGGCUGAGAGACAUUAUCCCAAACUGGCUAAAGUGGGGAUUCCACCAUCUUUGUUUCCAAAAAACUCUGGAAAUCUCUCAGAAUGCAGUCUAAGCUUUUAUCAAGUCUCUUUUGGAGGGAUACUUGUCUCUGAGGGCCCAGCCUUCUUGUUGCAAUGAACUUAAGGGUCCUCUGGCUAAGACCAUCUGUCCUGAAGACCAAAAUGUCUAUCUGCUGUGAGGGACCAGCCCAGAGCAGGGUUGGGACUUGGGAGGAUAAGACCAGAGCAAGAGAAGGGUAGAACUUGCUAAUGAAUGGGAAAAGACAAUCAGUUCAGCUUCAGACAAACUUAGAAACCUAGGUCCAACAGGUGCUGUCAAGGCAAUAGGUUAGAGGAAGGAAAUAUCUUGGGGAGAGUGGGCAAAGGGAGGUGAUUCCCGUAGCAUACUUUUUUUAUUUCAAGGGAAGAAAAAAAAAUCCAAAAAAAAUUUCCAAUUAUUAAACCAUAUCGUGCAUAAACAAUUGAAACUAAAGCUAUUGCAGGUGUGAUGUGUAUCCUAUUGAUUGUUAUGAUCUGAUGCCUCUCCUGAGCAUAUGUUCCAGUAUAACAUAAGAUGUACAUAUUUAGCUAGUCUUCUGAUGAAAAUCCCCUCUGGGCUACGGGGAUCGAUUACGUAAAAACUGCAUAAGCUUAACUCUGUGAUGAGUUGUUUGUUUGUUUUUUUUUAAUUUAAAAUUUUUUGGA